AUGCCACAGAGGAGCACCGAGGACGCCCUCUAUAGACUAGUGAACCACAUCAGAAAUAUGAGGGAGGAGAAGAAGAUUUCUGUUGUGGUAUCGCUGGACAUAGAGGGAGCCUUCGACAGCGCCUGGUGGCCAGCCAUAAAGGUGCGGUUGGCUGAAGUUGGGUGCCCGGCGAACGUGAGGCGGGUGAUCAGCAGCUACCUGAGUGAAAGGGGAGUGAAAGUUAGAUAUGCGGGUGUGGAAGUGAGUAGGGGGACCAGCAAGGGGUGCGUGCAGGGGUCCAUAGGCGGACCAAUCCUGUGGAACCUCUUGCUGGACCCUCUGCUAUGGAUGUUAGAGGAGAUGGGAGUAUUUUGUCAGGCGUUUGCCGACGACAUUGUGUUGGUCGUUGAGGGGGACACGGCCCUUGAAAUCGAAACGAAAGCGAACCGUGUCCUUAAUGUAAUAAGCGAAUGGGGAAAAGAAAAUAAAUUGAAAUUUGCACCUAAUAAAACGUGUGCCCUCCUCUCCACGAGGAGGCUGAAAUAUGACGUGCCGCGGCUCGCUAUGGGGAAUGUGGAAAUUAAAUAUUAUUCUUGUAUAAAAAUACUGGGCCUUACAAUCGACAGCGGCCUCACCUUUAACGCCCACGUCGGGACGCGUUGGGAGACAGGGAGGUGGAAAGAAUGGCUCCGGCGAUUGAGGACCCACAUCCGGCAGAGCAGGAAGGGCUGGGGUUCGGGCGAGGACUCGUAUUCCGACGUGGCUAGUAGCCACGUACAUAGGAUCUAUACGGACGGCAGCAAGAUUGAGGGUCGAGUCGGAGCCGCCCUUUCCGUAUGGGAGGGGGAGGCCGAGACGAAGGCCGUCAAGCUUGCUUUGCCGUCGUAUUGCACCGUCUACCAGGCCGAACUCCUAGCGCUCCAAAGAGCAGUAGAAAGAGCCUGCAAGAGUGGAGUGGCGAAGGUCGGCAUCUUCAGCGACUCCAGAUCGGCUCUCCAGGCAGUCACACUCGGUUCCCCCCACCCCCUUGCUGUGCAAACAAGGGCGGCCCUCCGAAAAGCUGCUUUGCAGAGGCGGGAGGUCGCUCUGUUUUGGAUCAAGGCGCACGCAGGGCUAAGGGGGAACGAAAGAGUGGACCAGUUAGCCAAGGAGGCCGCUCUGGGGUCGAAGAGGAAACCCGACUACGAUCUGUGUCCUGUUUCAUUCGUCAAGCGUAUCUUGAGACAGGAUACGAUUGGCGAAUGGGACGGGAGAUACGAUGUGGGGGAGACGGCUGGAGGCACGAAGCUCUUUUUCCCAAGCGCUGCUGCUGCAUACAAAAUAGUACGGAAAAUAGACAUCACACACCACACCACACAACGACGCUACUCGCACACGCAGCAAACAAGAGGCACGCGCAAGCUAUAA